AUGCCCCGCUCCUCGCGCCAAUCCACAUACACUUACAACGACAACUUCCGACCACCACCGCCGCCAGGGUACCGCGGGGGCGACGUGCACUACCAGAGCCCGGAGGUGUCGCCGCAGUUUCUCUUUUCGUUUGUGCUGGGGAGCCUGCUGAUCAUCUACCAUAUCCUGCAUGGGCUGCUGCGGUGGCCGCCGCUGCUGGAGCUUCUGUUUACGAUUGUCGGCACGGUGAUGGGGCAGGGCACGCGCGAGAUGCUGCAGAGUGUGUUUUCGCACGGCGCCGCCAGGAGCGUGAGGACGAGGGCGGCGAGCCUGGUGGGCUACGGCGACGGCGGGACGUUUGUCGGCGGCCUGUGGAACAUGGGGAAUACGUGCUAUCAGAACUCGGUCUUGCAGGCCAUGGCGUCGCUGUCGCAUUUGAAGCCGCAUUUGAUGUCGCUGUCGAUCUCCGAAGAAGAAGAUUAUAUGAACCCCUCCGGCGCUCUUGCGUCCCUUAUCGCAACUCUUAAUGCGCUCUCUCCGAGCCCGCGCGCAUUCACACCAUCACCAAUAAUAGUCAGAGGCACCGACAACUCGGGCUGGAUCUACAACGAGCAGCAGGACGCACAGGAGUACUUCCAGAAGCUGACAGGCGCGCUAGAGAAGGAGGUAUCGCGAUUCCUGGAAAGAAAAAAACGCAGCGCAACAAGGGGCCUAGAGGCUAUUGCCGAGAUUGUGCGCGGUGAAAGGGUGCAGGAUCCAGAGUCGAUAGCAACCCUGGAGAAGGAGUAUAGAAGCCCUUUUGAGGGGCUGUUUGCACAGAGAGUUGGAUGUCUCCAGUGCGGGUAUGUCGAGUCCAUCAGCCUGCAGCGCUUCACGAGCCUCUCGCUCUCGUUACCACCCACAUGGACCUGUACCCUCGAGGAAUGCCUCGAAGAGUUUACAGCAAUCGAACAGAUCCAAGAAGUCGACUGCGACAAAUGCACGCUGAAAUCCCUGCACAAGCAGCUGCUGUCCCUUGCCUCCAAGCCCCUCUCCGCCGACGUGCAGUCGCAGAUCCAAGCGCGCAUCGCCGCCCUCGCGGCCGCAAUCGACGACGACAACUUCGACCCCAAGAUCCCCGGCGUCAAGAUCUCCCCGCGCCAGAAAGUGUCGACCACAAAAACCAAGCAGACCAUGAUUGCGCGCGCACCCCAGGUGCUUGUCCUGCACCUCAACAGGAGCCAGUAUGACGUUGUCACUGGCAUGACAGGGAAGAAUCAUGCGGCGGUGAGCUUCCCGGCGCGGAUGGACCUGGGGCGGCUGGGGGUUGUGACGCGACACGAUGUAGCGGAGGGCAGCUGGGGGCUGGCGGUGGACCCGGCGCGCAGCAUGAGUGGUCGUGUACCGGCGUGGUUCUUGCAGGGGUCGGGGUCGGGGGAGACGCUGGUGCAGACGCCGACAGAUGAGGGCGCGGAUACGGACGGCGCGACAGAUACCGAGGAGACCGAGGCAGAGACGGAGAAUGAGAAGGAGAAGGAGGAUGUACAUCAGCCCGUUGCCGCUACCACAACGUUAAGCGUGAACGGUGAAAGGCUGAGUUACGAUCUUAAGAGUGUUGUGGCGCACUACGGCGGCCACCAUAAUGGACACUAUGUGUGCUACAGGAAGCAGCAUGGGCAGUGGUUCAAGAUUAGUGACCACGACGUCUAUGCGUGCGAUGAGGAACAGGCCCUCGGGAUCAGGAAUGCGUUCAUGCUGUUCUAUGAGCGCGUUGUGGACGACGAUGUGUAUUGCGAGAAACAAGGAUAUGAGCAGGAGGGGUAUGAGCAGCAGCAGCAGGAGGAGGAAGAAGAUGAGGGCUUUGGCGAGGGAGAGAGUGAGGGCGAGUGCCCGAGUGAGGGUGAGGAUGGGGAGAAGAUGGAUAUUGAUGGUGGGGAGGGGGUGGAGAGGGUGGCUGAUGCAGAUGUGGAGACGGAGACUGGCGGGCUCCGGCAACGAAGGACUGCCGAUGUGGAUGGGGGUCGGUAA